AUGCUGUCGGGCACCGAAACCGAGGCAGCACAGUGCGAGGAUGCGGAGCUGCGAUGCCGCGUGGCGGUGGAGGAAUUAAGCCCCGGCGGGCAGCCACGAAAACGUCAGUCCCUGCGCACAGCAGAACUGAGCCUGGGACGCAAUGAGCGCCGCGAACUAAUGCUGCGGCUGCAGGCGCCGGGGCCAGCGGGUCGUCCGCGCUGCUUCCCCCUGCGUGCCGCUCGCCUUUUCACUCGCUUCGCUGCAACGGGGCGCAGCGCUCUGCGUCUCUCCGCAGAAGGCGCUCCCCGGCCGGGCGCCGGCGCCGUGCAGCUGCUGCUCUCCGACUGCCCCCCGGACCGCUUGCGGCGCUUCCUACGAACUCUCCGCCUCAAGCUGCUGGCUGCCCCAGGCCCCGGGCCUGCCCCUGCCCGAGCGCAGCUGCUAGGCCCGCGGCCCCGUGAUUUUGUCACCAUCAGCCCUGUUCAGCCUGAGGAGCUGCGACGCGCGGCGGCUACCCGACCCCCAGUGGCCACUCCAGUGAAGUUGUCGAAGAAGCCCCAAACUGGAACCGGACACUUUAAGGAAGCCCCAAGGUGGCCCCUGCCUGUGAAGAAGCUGAGCUUGCCCAGCACCAAGCCACAGCUUUCUAAGGAACAGGCUGCCGUGCUGAGGGUCGUCCUGAAAGGCCAGAGCAUUUUCUUCACUGGAAGUGCAGGGACAGGGAAGUCAUACUUGCUGAAGCGUAUCUUGGGCUCACUGCCUCCCACAGGCACUGUGGCCACUGCCAGCACUGGGGUGGCAGCCUGUCACAUUGGGGGUACUACCCUCCAUGCCUUUGCAGGCAUUGGCUCCGGCAGAGCCCCCCUGGCCCAGUGUGUGGCCCUGGCCCAGCGGCCAGGUGUGCGGCAGGGCUGGCUGAACUGCCAGCGGCUGGUCAUUGAUGAGAUUUCCAUGGUGGAGGCAGACCUGUUUGACAAGCUGGAGGCUGUGGCCAGAGCUGUCCGGCAACAGAACAAACCCUUUGGAGGGAUCCAGCUCAUCAUCUGUGGGGACUUCCUACAAUUGCCACCUGUGACCAAGGGCUCUCAGCCCCCACAGUUUUGUUUCCAGGCCAAGAGCUGGAGGAGGUGUGUUCCAGUGACCCUGGAGCUGACUGAAGUAUGGAGACAGGCAGACCAGACCUUCAUCUCUCUGCUGCAGGCUGUGAGGCUGGGCAGGUGCUCAGCUGAAAUGACCCGCCAACUCCAGGCCACGGCUGCCCACAAGGUGGGACGGGACGGGAUUGUGGCCACGAGGCUCUGCACUCACCAUGAUGAUGUGGUCCUCACCAAUGAGAGGCGGCUACAGGACCUGCCAGGUGAGCUGCACAGCUUUGAGGCUCUGGACAGUGACCCAGAGCAGGCCCGGACACUGAAUGCCCAAUGUCCUGCUAGUCAGCUCCUUCAGCUAAAGCUGGGAGCCCAGGUGAUGCUGGUGAAGAACCUGGCAGUGUCUCGAGGCCUAGUGAAUGGGGCCCGAGGGGUGGUUGUUGGGUUUGAGGCCGAGGGGAGAGGGCUGCCCCAGGUAAGAUUCCUGUGUGGAGUCACCGAGGUCAUUCGUGCUGACCGCUGGACGGUGCAAGCCACUGGAGGUCAGCUCCUCAGCCGGCAGCAGCUGCCCCUCCAGCUGGCCUGGGCAAUAUCCAUCCACAAGAGCCAGGGCAUGUCUCUAGAUUGUGUGGAGAUCUCUCUGGGCCGUGUGUUUGCCAAUGGCCAAGCCUAUGUGGCCCUUUCUCGGGCCCGCAGUCUGCAAGGUCUGCGUGUGCUGGACUUUGACCCCAUGGUGGUAUCCUGCGACCCCCGAGUGCUACGCUUCUAUGCUAACCUGCAGCGGGACAGGGGGCUCAGUCUGGAGUCCCCAAAUGAUGAAGAGGCAACCUCGGACCAGAAUGUGGAUCCCAACAUCUGA